GCGGAGACUCUGGAUCCCGGGGGCGAGGAGGCGAAGGCGUGGGCCGCGACCGGGUUUUACACAACCGCGAGGCCUGGGCUUCCCGGUCUGUGAACCGGAAGGUGACCCCCGCCUGCAGCCUCGCGAAAGCGCGUGGAGCCACGAAGCGCGCCGCUGCGCCGCCCGGCUGCUCCUCCUUCCUCCCCCGGGCGCCCGCGGCGAUGUUUAACCGCGCGGUGAGCCGGCUCAGCAGGAAGCGGCCGCCGUCAGACAUCCACGACAGCGAUGGGAGUCCCAGCAGCAGCCACCAGAACCCCAAGAGCACAGCCAAGUGGGCGGCCUCUCUGGAGAAUCUGCUCGAAGACCCAGAAGGCGUGAAAAGAUUUAGGGAAUUUUUAAAAAAGGAAUUCAGUGAAGAAAAUGUGUUAUUUUGGCUCGCAUGUGAAGAUUUCAAGAAAACACAAGAUAAGAAGCAGAUGCAGGAAAAGGCAAAGGAGAUCUACAUGACCUUUUUGUCCAGCAAGGCAUCGUCACAAGUCAACGUCGAGGGGCAGUCCCGGCUCAAUGAGAAGAUACUGGAAGAACCACACCCGCUGAUGUUCCAGAAGCUCCAGGACCAGAUCUUCAACCUCAUGAAGUAUGACAGCUACAGCCGCUUCUUGAAGUCUGACUUGUUUUUAAAACACAAGCGAACCGAGGAAGAGGAAGAAGACGCACCCGAUGCUCAAAGUGCAGCUAAAAGAGCUUCAAGAAUUUAUAACACAUGAGCCCCCCUGGGAGCCAAUGGGACUGGCAGCUUUCCGAAGCAGAGGAACUCCCUCUCAGGACCGUGCAGGGUUUAUAAUUGCUUUGUUAUCUGCAAGGACCGAAAUGUACAAAACCCUUCAGUGGGAUAUGUGUAUUUUAUUAACUGCUUGACCAGUAAGUUUUGCAUGAUGGUUAAUCUUACAUAAAAAAAUGAAUAGCUUCGAAGUUUUAGUUCACACACACAUGCACAAAAAAAGGUGGAAAGAGUCCUUAAACACUGGACACUUUAAGCAUUUUUUAGCUUUAUUAAACGUCAUGUGAGGCCACCAGGUGAAACUUA